AUGGAGAAGACUUUGAACAGGAUUCAUCCAGUUUCUGAUCCAGAAGCAACGUAUUUUCUACAAGUAUCAUGGGAAAAAGAUUUAGGCACUGGCUUUGGUAUAACACUUAGUGAUGGUCAAUGUGCAUGGACUGGGACAGUGUCUGAAGCUGAAAUUUCUAGGGAGGCUGAUGACAUGGAAAUGAAUAGAGAAAAGUAUGUUGAAGAGCUGAAGAAAGCAUUGAUAGCUGGAGAAGAAUCAGCUGGCAAAUAUAACUUUGCUAUUUCAAGAGAUGAAGAAAAUAUGGAGUGUCACUUCUCUUAUGAAAGGAAUCUGAAAGAUGGCUCUUUUAGACUUGGAUCUCUGAAGCUGCAGAAAGUUUCGAGUCCGGCAGAGGUGAUUAAGGAGCUGAUCAGUUACUGUCUGGACUGCCUGGGAAGACUGCAGGCAAAAAAUGAGCAUCUGCAAAAAGAAAAUGAAAGGCUUUUCUGUAACUGGAGUGACGUGGAGAAGCGGUAAGUUUAAAAGUGCAUCCACAG